AUGCGGCUGAAGCUGUCGGUGAAGGACGACGACGAAGUCGCCGCGAACGUCGUGCCGCCGGUGACCGUGGUCCUGGACGGCCUCGCGGGCGCGCUCCGCUGCCUGUUCGUUGACGCGGACGAAGGCCAGGGGGAGGACGGCCUCGACCGAGCCAAUGCCAUCCCGGGCCACGUAGUGGCGUACGAAGACAUGGAGGACGACCUCCUCCUCGCCGGCCAUCUCAAGUGGAAGAUACAGCACGGGAUGGCCGCCGCCGCCCGCCUGCCCGCUCUGGGCGGAGAAAAGGAGUAG